AUGAAGUAAAUGGAGAAUAGGAACAACGUGACAGAGUUCGUUCUCUUGGGGCUUGCCCAGAAUCCAAAGAUGCAGAAAAUCAUAUUUGCUGUGUUUCUGGUCAUCUAUAUCAUCUCUAUGACAGGAAAUGUGCUCAUCGUAGUUACCAUAACUGAAAGUCCACUGUUGGGAUCUCCUAUGUACUUUUUCCUGGCCUCACUCUCCUUUUUUGAUGCAUGUCUUUCCUCUGUCAGUACCCCUAAACUGAUUGUAGAUUCAAUCCAUGGAAAAAAGACCAUCCUCUUCAAUGGAUGUAUGACCCAAGUCUUUGGAGAACAUUUGUUUGGAGGAGCUGAAGCUAUACUGCUCACUGUGAUGGCCUAUGACCGCUAUGUGGCCAUCUGCAAGCCCUUGCUCUAUGCGACCAUCAUGAACCGGCAGGUGUGUAGCCUACUAGUGGGAGUGUCAUGGGUGGGAGGUUUUCUUCAUGGAGCUAUACAGAUUCUGUUCAUCUUACCAUUACCUUUCUGUGGUCCUAAUGUCAUCGAUCACUUCAUGUGUGAUCUGAACCCUUUGCUUGAACUGGCCUGUACUGAUACCCAUACUCUGGGGCUCUUCGUUGCUGCCAACAGUGGGUUCAUCUGUAUGUUCAUCUUCCUCCUUCUGCUGGUCUCCUAUGUGGCCAUCUUGUGGUCUCUGAAGACCCACAGUUUGGAAGGAAGACGUAAAGCCUUAUCAACUUGUGUCUCUCAUAUCACAGUGGUCAUCUUAUACUUUGUACCCUGCAUGUUUGUGUACCUGAGACCUGCUGCUACUUUACCCAGUGAUAAAGCAGUUGCUGUAUUCUACAUGAUCAUAACUCCUAUGUUAAAUCCUUUAAUCUAUACCCUCAGAAAUGACCAGAUGAAAACUGCCAUUAGGAAAAUGUGGGGUCAGAUAAUGAAGAAUCAUAAUAUAUGA